AUGAAUGACAAGAUAACGUUUUUACCACCAGAACCGAUUACACUACUUGAUGAAGAAAAUGACGAAGAGGAUGGUCAUGAAACAAGGGUACGAAGUAGUAGCGCAGUCAACGCUGCUUUCAGAAUCUGUAAAAUUUCUGUUGAUAAUUUUACCAUGGUUAAAGGUGAUAAGGGAACAAAAUUUGGAGUCUGGAAAGUCACCAGUAUAUUAGAGCACCGACAGAAGGGCGGUAAUAGGUCUAUAGAGACAUUUAGACGGUAUUCAGAUUUUGUAAUACUGCGAGAAAAUAUACUAGUUAAUUUACAAGGUACAAACAUCAAAAUCCCUGAAUUACCAUCUACUGUACCGUGGUACAAGUGUUGGAAAUAUCAAGAAAUAAACUAUGAUCAUACAUGGUUGAAUGAAAGAAGAAAAGGUUUAGAGUAUUUCAUAAAUUUUGUCAUAUUAAAUGAACGUAUCUUCAAUGUUUGCAAAGAUCUAAUAAUAACGUUUUUGAAGAAUUGA